GUCAGAUUGACUGUUCUGUUCACUAAGGUUUUUGAACCGUAGAAAUUACAUUAAGUGAAUCCAAUUUUAAGAAAUACUUACCAAUUACAUAUUUGGAGUACACUAUGUCUCAAAUAUCUUUGCGACAUUUACACCGCGGUCCUACCACUACACUAAUAUUUACAAUUGUACGGUUGGAAGGAGACCCUGUUUCAAUAACACAUGAUAAAAUUAUUACCGUUGAUAACUUGAUACAGGCUUCUCUAAAAUUUGAGUACGUAAAAUGCUCGUUUGUACCAUAUGUAAGAAUGAAAAAAAUGGAAGGUGUAUACAAUUCUCCAGUUCCAGUUUCUAUACAAUGUAACGAUUUUAAUGAACUGUUUUAUUGUUCUGACCACUGGAUUGAAGUACAGUUGAACCCGCUGCUACAUACAUCAACAGGAAGAACGAAUUUCAAAUGCAACAACACAAGUUAUUCAGACAGGACACAUGAUGUUACUGCAACUUGUUUCACUAUUGAAAUAAAUGUUACUGCGCAAGUCAUAAUGCCAACAGGUUUUUUGCCAAGAAAAGAACUCUAUGAAGACACAGAGUCCACGGAUUUUCAGCUUUAUACAAAAGAUGGCUCAGUGGCUGUACACAAGGCUGUACUGUUCCUUCACAGCGACAUGUUCAAAAUGAUGUUGACGAAUAACUGGAAGGAAUCAAAUGAAGGUCAGAUUAGUAUGGACGGUAUCACUGUCCAGACGCUUAGACACCUGAAGGACUACAUGUACUUGGGUAUUCUACCAGAAGAAGGCUUAGAGCCGCUGUUGCAGGUUGCGGCACACUACUUCAUGGACAAGUUGAGGGCCGAUUGCUCGGCUAAGCUAGUAGAAUCGGUGAAUUCGGAGAACAUUGAUAGGCUUAUUGCUCUGGGUUGCGAGUUUAAUAUACCAGAAUUGGUGAGAGGUCUAAUAUUUAGAAUUCCUGAUAACAUUGUAAAUGAUAUGAAUUACUUGCAAAUUGAUAAGUCAAAUGACAAAAUUGAUAAGUCAAAUGACAAAAUUGUAGAGGAAAAGCUGGAAAACUGAUAAGUAUUUUAAAUGAGCUUUGUACCCAUAUUUCUUUUAUAAAACAAUGAUUGAAGGCUAAAGAUAAUUUAGCUGUAAGCUGUAAUAAUGUUACUUAUGAUAUUAUCUUAUACAUCUCACACUUACGUACAUAAUAUGUACCAUAUCACCAUAUGUAAGCAUGAGUAGGUACUCAGAAAAUGUGAUUUUCUGAGUACCUACUCAGAAAAUGUGAUUUUGUAAAUGGUUUGACUUUGAGUAUUACCAGGCGUAGCUCACUCCGUGAUUUCGCCGCUUUGCUACAGGUAGCUAAAAUAGGGUUGCCAUAAGUGUGGGGGCUCAGACCGGGACAUUUAAAGAAAACCGGCCAAGUGCGAGUCGGACUCUCCUUCCAAGGGUUCCGUAAAUCCGUACAUUACACAAUUUUCAACAAUGUAUAUUUUGAUGUGAAACGUGAGUGAAAUGUUCAAAAAAGACCCGUAAGGGACGAUCAAAAAAUAAGUAAUAAGUCCGACGCACGCUUGACUGCAUAUUUCUAAUAGGUUUUUCUGUCAUCUAUAGGCAAGGAACUAUUUAGUAUAUAUUUUUUAAAAUUUUAGUAGUUUCGGAGAUAAAGAAGGGAAAUGGUCAUUUUGUGCAUAUUUACUUAAAUUACUUCUAAACUAUUAAUCUUAAAAUUAUUAAUAAAAUAUAUGUGAGAUUCCCAAAGCUCUAUCACUUGAUAUAUAACACGAUAUAGUUUGCAAAACUUUGUUUUUUAACUGUCUCAUUUACCCCCCAAUCAGUGCCCCCUAUGUUUAAAAUUCAUUUUAUUUACGUUACAUGUCCGUCUUCGGGUUAUAGAUUUACAUAAUACAUACAUGUGUACCAAAUUUCA